AUGCAUCGAAACCCAGUUGCUCUUGGCAGAAGCCGAAGCCACCAUAUUAAUGCUGAUGAUGCUGUGGAUGAUGCGAAUUAUGACGUUAGUGUUGACGACGAUGGUGUUGCUGGUAGAGAUGUCUCAGUUCUUCCAUUGCAGAUGGCAAUUGGAACAGGGCUGUCGAGAGGAACUGCAAAGUGCUGUUUAGUCUCGUCGUAUUUACAGCAUCAACAUUUGCUACCACGUCACCGUCUUCCUGCCGAAGGUCAUGUUCCAGCCUCAGCUUUCGUCUGCCAACCCCAGAACCAACCGAUUCCGGGCUGGAAGAUGUCUCAUUUCGGCUCUUCCGCUGGUCCGCUCGUCAGCAACCGUGUUGGCCAACUCGUCAGUGCCGACUUUUCCGCAAUAAAUGACUCAUUUCGAGUGCACACAACUUCGACUGUGAAGAUGGCCCACGUUGUGCUCUUCUCCAAAAACACUGACCUCUGA